CACGCUCCGCACUGUUGGUCGUGUCGGGUUGUUGUUGCUGUUGUCGUCGCCGUCAUCACGUCGUGUCGCUGCUGUUGCUGUUGCCAGUGAGAAAACGAAAAGCUACAUAAAAGUAAGCGACAACGCGAACCGUAUCACGUAAAGCGCCCUCGUGGAGAAUUACAUUGAGAAAUGUCAAUGAAUAUGUGUUUGAAUGCAAAAUUAUCAGGCAUACAUCGAAAACUCUAAAAGUGACGUCAUAAGCUGAUAUAUGGACAACUAAAACAACUACAACAAUAAUAAUAAUAACAGUAAGCAGCAUAAGCAACACGCCUCACGUUGUUUCGUGGCUUACGUUUUCUCUGUGAAUGCGCUGCCGCUCUCUCUCUCUCUCUCUCUUUCACACUCUCCCGGCGAGAUACUCUCUUUCGCUGUAGGUUUACCGGCGACUCCAUUUACUACUACGACGAAAAGACACUCAGACCAGGCAGCACUCAUUUUGCGUUUACGUCGUGGCUCAUGAAGUUCGUUUAGUUCGGCGCAACAAAAUGUAAAAACACAUGAAAAGAAAGAAAAAAACUGCAAGCAUUCGAGACAUAUUUAGCUAACUAAACAAAAACAACAAUUUAGGACAGACAAUGCAACAAAAACAAUUAUGUGAUAUCUACAACAAAUAUAUAUUGUUUCCUAACUGCUGACGUCACGCGUCACGUAAAGGAGAAGAAAUAGACUUUUUGUGAAAAAGAAACAAAAAACGUGAAAAAUAUACAUAAAAACGCAAAAAUAUGAAACGUGUGUGAUAUUAAAUGAGCGCGACGGCGGCAGCAACAAUAACAACUACAAACAAGCAGCAGCAGCGACGACGUUGGCAGCAGCAGCAGCAGCGGCGACGACGACGUAGGCGACGGCAACAGUGGCAGCGUUUGCGGGCAUUUGCUUUGUUGGGAUCUGCGUCGUGAUAUAAAACGAAGAAAUUCCAAUUUAGAUGUGAAGAAUCCCUAGGUGCUAAUUUAGUUGAUAAGCGCAAACAAGAAGUACAAUAAACAAACAAAAAACCACAUUACGCCAACUUUUUAACCGGGUGGCAACGUUUUAGGCAACAUUAUCCGCGUUUAAAAGUAUGCUACAGCUAAAAACGAACGGAUGCCGUGCUGCCAGGCCAACUACGUAGCAGGAAAGAAAGAAAAUAAAUAAAAGACAAGACGAGAGUGUCACGAGGAAGAGCGGCAGAGAGCGUGAGCAGAAACUAUUUUUAGAUAAACUGCAGUCAGAGAGCAGAGAGAGAGAGAGAGAGAGAGAAGGGGAGAGAUAAAGAGCACGCGACUGCGAAAUGUCGAAUUUCAUGAUAACCACCGCCGCGCCCAAAAGCCACAACAACAACAACGCCAACACCAGUACACAGCGUCAACAGCAACUUUAUGGAGCGGGUGGCACUCAAGUGGUGCGGAAGCUCAGCUACGAGCUGCUGGGCAACACCAACAACAACAAUAUUGUAAUCAAAAACGAAAAUCUGUUGAAUAUCCGGAACGACAGUAGCAACGGUGUCGGCGUUGCUGCCCACCUGCGGGAUCACGUAUAUAUAAGUCUGAAUAAAGCUGGCGGCACAACAACUCAAGCAACCGUUAUAGCAGAAGCAACAAACACACAUCAACAUCAACAGCAGCAGCGAAAUGGCGGAGCUGCUGGCAAAACGAACGAUAUCACACAAUAUUACAAGGUCAAACGCCGACCGAACACAACCACCCACGAGAUCCACCCGAAAAAGCAAGCCAAGCAAAGCGCACAGCACCAAACAGUCACCUACACCAAUAAGCAGCAGCAGCUGCGCUACUAUCAGCAGCAGCAGCAAUACGAAGUCGACCACGACGAAGAAGACGAUGUAGAAUCGAGCAAAUCGGCUGGCAACGGUACUUCACAUUCUCAUACACAGUUCGCGCGCACACUGUCGCAACAGCAGACGACGCCACAGCAACAAACAGCGCUCGUAACAUCGUCCUCGAUUUCAAAUGGCGGCGGCAGUAGCAGCGGAGGCGGUGAUCGCAAUCGGGCGGACACCUCGCUGGGUAUAUUGACCAAAAAAUUUGUGGAUUUGCUGCAAGAGUCGCCAGACGGUGUGGUCGAUCUGAACGAUGCCUCCACCCGGCUGUCAGUGCAGAAGCGUCGCAUCUACGACAUAACGAAUGUCCUCGAGGGCAUUGGCAUCUUGGAAAAGAAGUCCAAGAACAAUAUCCAGUGGCGCGGAGGUCAAUCACUGGUUAGCAGUGAACGUUCUCGCCACAUCGAGGCUGAGAGUGAGCGGCUGGAACAACGGGAGAAUGAGCUCAACACGCUCAUCGAUCAGAUGCGUGGCGAAUUGGCGGAAAUCUCGCAAGAGGUUGAGAAUAUUGGCGGCAUGGCCUACGUAACGCAAAGCGAUCUGCUCAACGUGGAUCUCUUCAAAGAUCAAAUUGUGAUUGUAAUCAAGGCGCCGCCCGAAGCCAAACUUGUACUGCCCAAUACGAAGUUGCCGCGAGAGAUUUACGUCAAGGCGGAGAAUAGCGGGGAAAUAAACGUGUUUCUUUGUCUCGAUAAUUCUCCGGAAAACUCGCCAGUCACAGGUGGCAGCAGCUAUGCAGGUGCUUCGUCCGUCGCAGGCAGCAACGGAAUACGCACGGCAACAUCUACGCGGCUGCAUCAGCUGACCAGUCAACGUAUCGAUCCCCUAUUCAAUAACAUUGAUGCCAUGAGCACUAAGGGCUUAGGCCCUCCACCAUAUCGCUUAACGGCACAGCGCAACCUCUGCAAAUCGAUUGAGGAAGCAUCUAAGCAAACCCAGCCUGAUUUUAAUAACAUUUGUGAUAUUGGCGGCGUGAAAUAUGGAGCGACCUCGCCGCAGCGUCAGCUCCAACGGCCGACGACGCAGGCGAAUAACAACAAUGAGGAUGAUGAUGAUGACGACGAUGACGUCGACGAUGAACUGAAUCAACUGGUGCCGACGCUUACUAGCCCUGUGGUGCGCAGUCAGCGACAUGGCGGCGCUAUUCAGCAGAUUUUAAACAGUCUAACACAAUCGCCGCCUGCAAAGACGAAUCCCGGCGGGCUUCGAUCUACGGCAGCGCGGCUUUGGCGACGUACGGCGAAUUCCAGCGCUAACGUCACCGGCAACACAACUACGCUUAAUAGUCAUAACCGAACCAUCAGCAACAUCAGCAGCAAUUCCCAACCCCAUAGUAGCACAGUUAAUUACAGCUAUCAGCAGCGCCGCAGCGACGUACCUAUGUAUAACUGUGCAAUGGACGACGCGACUGCGUCGACGUAUGCUGUUAGCGAUAACAGCAGCAACAAUAACAACGGCAGCAGUAACUCCACUGCAAUGGGUUCUCUGCAAAUGCAGUUUGCGGCAGUUGCCGACAACAUGCCGGCAACGUCAUAUGGCGAUAUCUCUGGCGCUGGCGCCAAUAUUGAACAGCAACAGCAAUACAACAACAAGGAAAUUUAUCGCGGCCUAACGCAUUCUGCUGUCGCGGACUGCGAUGCGGACAGCGAUGGUAGCAAUGUUGCUCUUCAAGGCCUCGAUGCACUUUUAGGCGACUUUGGCAACUUUGAUUUUGAUAAAGCUUUUGUGUCCAUCGAUCCGCCAGAUGAUAAUGAAUAUCCCUAUGCGCUUAACGCCAACGAAGGCAUCGAUCGUCUCUUCGACUUCAGCUCCGAUGCCUACGGGCCCUAAACCACACACGCAUACACACAACCGCGGAGGGAGUUUCUGGGAAAAGGAGUGGGGAGGGGGUGUUUAUAAUUUAAAAUUAUAUACAAACAAAGCAGAGCAUAUUAUUAUUAUUAUUACGAAUU